UGUGUGUGUGUGUGUGUGUGUGUGUUUUGUUACCUACAAAGUAUAUUGUUCAAAUAUAGCAUAGGGAGAAUAAAGAAAUUGCCACACAUUUAUCAAAAACAAAAAACACCCAUGCCUUUACAUAGUGUAUAUCCUGGUGACUUAAUAUCUCAUCUAAAAAAAAUAUAAUGAAAGAAUAAUGAUGAUGAUGAUAACAAUAAGACACUUCUGUACCGAUAUGCAAUACAGAUUUACAGAAUCCAACAAAAACAUCAAUAUUCCCAUCAAAUAUGAGAGCUUGUUCUUUUUCUGUCUUUUCUUUGUUCUGUAUGCAGCAAAGCAGAUUAAACAGUGCACUUAAAAUGGGACUGUGAUCCUUAACUACAAGCUUCAUUUUAGUCAGUCUGUGCCACCUGCUGGGUGAUUAGAAGAUGUUCAUUACAGCAGUCCACAUUUACCGCUAGGUAUAUUGGACUGAGCAAUAAACGGUUGAUUUUUUUUCUGAUUCUCUGAUCAGUUGGAGUUUAAUCAUAUCAUACUGGUCAAUAAAUAGAUUGUCUGAAUCCCAUGUAAUAAAACUGAGAACAGCUACAACAACCUUUGACAUAUCCAGAAAGUAAACAUAUAAAUUAGCCUACAGUCCAGUCAAGAAGUCCAGGUUAAGAUUAGAUGGUCAUACAGAAUUAAUCAGGGCAACCCGAGGUCGUCCAGCAUGAGAAAGAAAUAUAAUGCCCAGAUGUUUAUUAAAAAGUACAAAUUGUUACAUUUAUUGUUAUUGUACUGAUUGUGAUGUUUUACUUUAAUUCAUCUGAGAUUAAUCAAAUUCCCAGAAACUUUCUGGGAGCUGCACACCCAGCCUAUAAAUUAUGAGACUAAAAAUAAAACCACAUUUACCCAUCAGCCAGGGCCAUCAAAAUGUCCCUGUGAUCUCAUUGCUAUUGGACAUCCAGUCAGGAAGAAACGCAAUCCUCCAAACAUGGACUUCCUGGCUGCUGGUGUGUAUGAUGAUCUGGGGCAGGUGUGAUGUGACGCCACCAAGGGUGCUGUGGAAACCAGAGAACUGCAUGUCGCCUCACUUAGUUGCACCGUCACUUUAGAUAUAAAUAGCUUUACCGAAAGCUACGCAGGGGACUGAAGGAAUCCCAUCACAACAGAGGGGAGGGAUCACUAUGCCUGUGUGUACAUAAAACAUACUGAUUGUAGGCAGUCUCCAUAAGAGGCCAGACACGCUAAGCCUGCAGACAGUACAGAGGGAGCAGACAGCUUAGUUUACAGUCACACAAGAAGAAGAUAUAGACAUAUAGACAUACCUUUUUGGAUAUAGACAGAGACUGCACUUUUAGGACAUGGGUGUAUGUGGAUCCAAGCUUCAGAAACAAGCACAGGUCCUGAUGCUGGGCCUGGACGGAUCAGGGAAGACAACCCUCCUUUACAAACUGAUGUACAACGAGAGCGUGGUGACCGUGCCAACUGUGGGCUUCAAUGUGGAGACGCUGGAGACUGACAGGAGCAGCCCGAGCAUGACGGUGUGGGACGUGGGGGGCCAGAAGAAGAUGAGGCCCCACUGGAAGCAUCACUAUACUGAUACAGCUGGACUCGUGUUUGUGGUGGACAGCUGGGAUGAGACACGGCUGGAAGAGGCCCGCAAGGAACUCCAUCGGGUCCUGAGAUAUGAGAGUCUCAGAGGAGUUCCUCUCGUGGUCCUUGCCAACAAACAGGACCUUCCAGGAGCACUAAGCCCAGAAGCACUUUGCCUUAAACUGGACUUAAUAAGAGUGUGUGAGGGCAGAGCCUGGUUCAUCCAGCCCUGUUCAGCCACCACUGGCAUGGGGCUAGAAGAAGGUUUCAGGAGGAUAGUCUAUCUGAUGAAGACCCCACUGAAGCGGACUCAAGAAGACAUUAAAGUUAAGAUGAAGUCAAAGGGCUUCAGUAUCACAGCUGUGAACCAGGUCUUGCUCUGCAGCAGAUGAUGGAUGAAAAUCUUUUUUGAAGUUUCAUUCAUGCCAUGUGUUGGAUCCCUUCUCGCCUGCCUCUGUGAGUCUUUGGCAAAUGGCCACACUGUGGCAUCUGUAAGAUCAAAUGAGAGGAGGCGGUAAUAAGAAGGAUGACAUUAACACUGUGAUUAGUCUUAAUAUCCGGAAGAUAAAACUUUAACUGGAUCAUGGGGAAGAGAAAUAACUUUGAUGAUAAACCACAAGGAUUCUGUUUGCAAUCUUUGAUUAUCAGAGUGUUUUUGAGAAAACAGUGGACAUGUCACACAACAUUUGAGACAAUUCAGUCUGACAGUGUACACACUGUACACGGGAAGCUCACUGAUAAGAAACAGAAAUGUUCUUUUCCAUUUUUGCAGUUUUUCUUUAUUUGUUAUGCAUUUAUUUGUAUUAUUUUUAACAUCACAAUAUCAAAAUACAAGGAUGUCUUGUUAUGUGCUUACUAUUUCAUACAAACUUUAUUUAUUCAUUUGGGAACUGCCAGUGUUGACUCACAAUAUGUUAAAUUAUUGCAAAGACUUCCUUCAGACAUAUGAUACUGAAGUAAAGUAGGCUAUAGCCUAUAUGUUAUUGCAUCAAACAUAUUAAAACAACAGCAAUACAUCUGUCAACUCAUUUGAACGUGUGUUGGCGCUGUUUCAGUAUUAUUUUGUUUAUUUGUUGCACUGAAAUAAAGUUCUUCAAAAAUACCUAGAAUUGAAUUAGGUGAUUCUUUUUUUUUUGUGUGAUAAAAUCAGUAGUAGAAUAGUUAUUUAGAUUCUUCACUUAAAUAAAGGUUGCAAUACAAAAAAGUAAAAAUUACAUUGCAUGUAAGGAUCCUGAAAUUUCGGCACACAGCACAAUAUUCCCUGUGUUUUACUUGUGUGACAAGUAAAUUGUAUAAUAAUAAAGACUCC